AUGCCCGAGACCAGCUAUCCCGAUUACGACCUCCUACCAGCCGUUUUUGAGGCUUGGCUGCAAGACAGAUUUAACGACAAGACAAUUACUGUCCAAUGUAAGAAUGGCAGGCUUGUGUUCAAUUUGCCCGAUGGUCAGAAUUUGACCGUUGAAGACGACAUAGCGAUCAAUAAACUGCAGGGGAAAGACACCUACCCGUAG